ACAAGACCCUCACGUGUAGGUUUAUCUUUAAUAACUCAAAGAUGGCUGGCUGCUCGGAGUUUCUUCUUGUGGUUUCCUCUCUUUUUGUCCUUGUGGGGGCUACAGUUCCUUACAAGACAGCUUAUUUAGAGCAAGAUCUCGAUCAUUUCAACUUCGUUCAAGCCAAUAAGGUCACGUUUAAACAGCGAUAUCUCUAUACAGAUCAGUAUUGGGAUGAAAAAGGACCAAUUUUCUUUUACACUGGCAAUGAAGGACCAAUAACUGGUUUCUGGGAAAACUCAGGCUUUGUUUUUGAAGCAGCUCAGAAGUUCAAUGCUUUGGUUAUUUUUGGUGAACAUAGAUACUAUGGAGAUUCCCUUCCAUUUGGUUCAUCCUCGUUUGAUCAUGAUAAAGUUGGUUACCUUUCAGUGGAGCAAGCCCUUGCAGACUAUGCUGUCCUAGUGACUGAUCUUAAGAUUCAGUUUAAGGCCACAGAGAGUAAGGUUGUUGCUUUUGGUGGCAGUUAUGGUGGAAUGCUGAGUGCUUACAUGAGGUUUAAAUAUCCUAAUGUGAUAGAUGUUGCCUUGGCUGCCAGUGCUCCAAUUUACAUGACCACUUUCCGUGGAAGUGAAAGAGACUUUUUCUUCACUGCAGUGACAGAGGACUUUUUAAAUGCUGAUGCCAAUUGUCCAGGUUAUGUUAUUACAGCUUUUGAAAUGAUUGAGAUGCUGAAAAAUCAAGGUGCAGAAGGACUUGCUGAACUCUCAAAAAUAUUUAAACUCUGCAAACCGCUAAAGUCAACAGAACAGAUCCCUCACAUGUUAGGCUGGAUUCGCAAUUCUUUCACAACCCUAGCCAUGGGUGAUUAUCCUUACCCUACAGACUUCCUGGCUCCACUUCCUGGGCAUCCUGUGAACUUGGCAUGUAAAAUGAUGGCAAGUGCAUCAUCCAAGGUUGAAGGCCUUGCUGAGGUCACAGCAUUAGUCUACAAUGGCACUAAUGGUACACUGACUUGUCUGGAUCCAGAUACAGAGUACAUUGAAUGUGCAGACCCCACUGGGUGUGGCCUGGGUCCAGACAGCCUUGCAUGGGACUAUCAGGUUUGUGCUGAGCUUUCUCUUCCAGCUGGUUCUAACAACAAGACAGACAUGUUUCCACCUCUGCCAUGGACUCCAGAAAUGAUAUCCACAUACUGCCAGAAAAAAUGGGGUGUGGUACCUCAACCUAACUGGGCACCAAUACAGUUCUGGGGGAAAGAUAUAUCUUCAUCUUCUAAUAUUAUUUUUUCCAAUGGUGACCUGGAUCCAUGGAGACCUGGUGGGGUGUUAGAAGAUGUCUCACCAACACUGGUGGCACUUCUGGUCAAAGGUGGAGCUCACCAUCUUGAUCUGAGAGCUUCCAAUCCACUGGACCCUCCAGCAGUGACACAAGCACGAAAACAAGAACUGGAACUAAUCCAAAAAUUCUUACAUUAGAGCAAUAUUAUAAAUCUCAAUGGACAAUAACUACAGUUUUCUUAAUAAUGUUUUUCUUAUGCAUCAAUUCAAUUAUAAUAACCAGACCUGUCUUAUUUUGUGAUGUAUAAAAGAAAUAGCAUUUCAAAGAAAAGUCAAUUUAUGGUGCACAACUUCAAAUAAAAUUUACAUGGAGCAUUGCAACAUGCUAAUUACGAAUUAGACCUUAUGAAGGAAUUUGAAUUUUAAUGAUUUCAUGCCAGAGACUAGACAUGAGACUUGGAUGAGAUUCAAAGGCCUUGUGUUGGUUUAAUGCUGUUGAUGAAUGUCUUUUUAAGAACAAUAAACUUUUUGAUAAUAAUA